GAACUAAAUAACGCACCUCAAAUACCAAAAGUUCCUACAAUGGAAAAAAGUAUAAAGGAAUUUAAGAAUUAUAAAUGUAUGCAAGCAAAUCCAUAUCGCAUAUUCUGGGAUCUUGAAUGUUUAAUAGAAAAGUUAACUCCAGAAGAAAAUGCGCAAUUAACACGUACUGAAAAGCUUCAAAGGCAUAAACCUUGCGGAUAUAGCUAUGUAGUAGUCGGUAUGGAUAGUUUUGGUAAUUACGAAAUUACAAGUUAUGAUUCAUAUAGAGGACCAAAUGCGUUAGAGAGGUUUGUAGAUAAACUUGAAGAGGAGUUAGCAGAAAUUAAAGCAGAUUUAUAUUACCUGCGGAAAUAA